CGGUCUAGCAAAUGAGAACAUAGAGAAGUGGGGAGUCCGACGGUGAAUUUUACGUCAGGCUUGAGAUGUGGGCGUGAAGAAGGGAGAGAAAAAACACGAGGCAUUACCGCCUUCUCUUAACGGGGUGCAACAUUUCACUUCCCUGCGCCACGCCGACAACGGGAAAAAUCACAAAGAGUUUCCGAAUAGCUGCGUGAACUAAAGAGCGAUGUGCAACGCUCAAAUUUGGCAGUCUUUUCCCCUCACAACUAUCUAAAAUUGGCAUAUACUCCAAUGGUUUUACUGGACGUAGGAUGGGAUUAACUUUGUCUGGAAGAUAUAUUUCAUUGUUUCUUGCUGUUCAAAUAGCCUAUCUGCUGCAGGCGGUUCAAGCGGCUGGGAAAUGUGAAACAGUGUUCAAAGGUUUCUCCAACUGCCUGCUUCAACUGGGAGAGAACAUGGCCAACUAUCCACAGGAGCUGGACGAGAAGGAAAACCUUCAGACCAUCUGCACUUACUGGGAUGAUUUCCAUUCAUGUGCGACCACUGCUCUGGCAGACUGUCAGGAGGGAGCCACAGAUCUGUGGGAGAAGCUGAAAAAAGAGUCCAGAAAUCUGGACUUUCGCGGCAGCUUGUUUGAACUGUGUGCGGCAGGGAACGGCGCGAGCCGAUUAUCGGUUCGGUUCGGCGUGACGCUGAUCCUAACUGCACUGUCUGCGCUCGUCACGUGGAUGCAGUUUUAACCCACGGAGAGAGAAGACGAAGAAAAAAUCUAAGAAGAGGAAAAAAAAGAAAGAAAGGAGAGAGUAAAAGACCAGAUAAACCAUCAACACAAGAAUAAAAAAGAAUAAUAAAGUAAUGACGAUCAAAAUUCAUCCUCACCCAAAUGGAUUUAUAUACAUAUUUCAUCUGGAGAAAAAGACGUUUUUUGCAAGAGACAAUGGCAAGAAGAAGUCUUCUGGGAAUGCUCAAGCACAUUUGCCUGACUCUGGGUCGAUUUCAUGAAAUAUUUAUCAGAUAUUGAGUUGAAAUGAAGGCCUGAAUUUCUGAAAGGUCCUGGUUAGAAGCGUAGUAUUUUAUAACAUUACUGUCUGUUAUGAAUGAAUUAUUACUGUAGGCUUUUCACAUUCUCAACGGCCAUCAUGCAUUAUAGAAAAAUAGGAAAUAUUCUCCCAUCCGUUUGUUUUUUUAUACGCUCUUUGUCAAUACUAAGUUUUUCAUUUAUCAAAUGUAUUUUAGUCAAGCCAAGUAUAUGGAUGAUGUGUGAGGGGGUUAGAAGGUUUGCCGACCCACCAAUACAGAAAAAAUAAUAUAUAUAUAAGAAACGUCUCUAAUAAUAACGAUGCUAAUAAUAGGCUUUAAAUAAUAGCCUAAUCAUCAUGAUAAUAACAAUUAGCCUAUAAUAAAUAAACCUCAGGAAUGAUUAAAGGCAUCUAUUUAGUGGCAUACAAGAGAGCAGAGAAAGAAUAUAUAUAUAUACUUUAUUAAGGAACAAAGAAGUGUCAAAUGUAGCCAUAAGAGGCUGUGAGAUAGUUGACUGUUGCCAUUUUUUCCCAAAAUGCUAUUCUAUUCCAUUCAAAGAAGAAUUGUCUCUUUUUAUGUAGGACACAUAACAGUAUAAAGGUAACACUUUACAUUACAGUGUCCAUGUUGCAAAUAACAAAUGUGCAAUUAUAAGCAAGCAGCUCCAGAAAACAAUUACACAUCAAGUACACAUAGUUCAUUACUAUUACAUAGUAAUUACACUGCAACGUAAAGUGCGGCCUGUAUAUUUCUCCCGACAGUAUCGUAGCACGACAGUAUCGGGACCUUGACAUUAAUAGUUGGAUGAUGUGAAUUUUGCUAGCUUUAUUUGAUGUUGCCAAGGCAUAGACCACGUUUCACUGCCUUCAGAAGAUGUGUAUUUUGUUUGUUCGUUCGUUUGUUCGUUUCUGGGGAUGUUGCAUAUGAAAUACCUGAAUAUUCAAAACCAUACAAGUAAAUAAGAGAUGUAUGUGAAAUGAAAAGAGAGAUACUUUAACCGAAACAAUUUUAAAACAGAUUGAUUAUACAGGUAUAUAAAAUAGACUGCUAAAAAUAAGUAUUUAAAAGAAUUAAAUAAAAAC